CAUACGAAUACUAAUGGCAUCGUCGUUUUGGCUCGUCUCCUCCCCCGCGACUAUAAAAACGGGAGCUUUGCUGCUGCGCCGGCCGCCCCACCACCUCCGGUCCAUCUCGGCCGCCGCCGCUGUCGCUGUCGCGAUCGCGAUCCCCGCCUAGAUAGACUUCCCCAAGAACCCGCCGCCGCCGCUGCAGGGGUGGCGUGGCAUCGCGGGAGACCAGCUCGAGCCUUCAGCCUCUUUUGCGCCGCCGCCGCCGCCGCCGGUCGAUCCGUGUUCUUGGCUCAGGCGGCGUCAAUGGCGGCGGCGAAUGGGAGCGCCUGCGGCGGAGGCGGCGUGGACAAGGAGAAGGAGGAGUUCAAGCAGAUCUACGGGGUGCUCAAGGAGGAGCUGCUCAGGGACCCCGCCUUCGAGUUCACCGACUCGUCGCGGCAGUGGAUCGAUCGCAUGUUGGACUACAAUGUACCUGGAGGGAAGUGCAAUCGUGGUCUCUCUGUGGUCGAUAGCUAUAAGCUGUUGAAGGGCACCAAUGUUCUAAGUCAGGAAGACAUGUUUCUCGCGAGCACUCUUGGUUGGUGCGUUGAAUGGCUUCAAGCUUACUUUCUCGUGCUUGAUGAUAUCAUGGAUGAUUCUCACACUCGACGUGGUCAGCCUUGUUGGUUUCGGGUGCCUCAGGUUGGCUCCAUUGCUAUCAAUGAUGGAAUUAUCCUUCGCAACCAUAUCACGCGAAUGCUUCGGCUCCACUUUAGAGGAAAACUUUACUAUGCUGAUCUCCUUGAUUUAUUCAAUGAGGUCGAGUUCAAGACAGCUUCAGGUCAAUUGCUAGACCUUAUCACUACUCACGAGGGAGAAAAAGAUCUAAACAAAUAUAACAUAGGAGUUCACCGCCGCAUUGUUCAAUAUAAGACAUCCUACUAUUCAUUUUAUCUGCCGGUUGCUUGUGCACUGUUGCUAUCUGGAGAGGACUUGACCAAAUAUGGUGCUGUAGAAGACAUUCUUGUUAAGAUGGGAAUAUACUUUCAAGUCCAAGACGAUUAUCUAGAUUGUUAUGGUGACCCCAAAUUUAUUGGCAAGAUCGGGACUGACAUUGAAGAUUACAAAUGCUCUUGGCUAGUUGUGCAAGCCCUUGAGCGUGCUGAUGAGAGUCAAAAGAGCGUUCUAUUUGAAAAUUAUGGAAAGAAAGAUCCAGCCUGUGUGGCAAAAGUGAAGAGCCUCUACAGAGAACUAAACCUAGAGGCGGUCUUUCUGGACUAUGAGAACGAGAGUUACAAGAAGUUGAUUGCGGAUAUAGAAGCCCAGCCAAGCAUAGCUGUUCAGAAUGUUCUGAAGUCCUUCUUGCACAAGAUCUACAAGAGACAGAAGUAGGGGGGGUUUCUGUGCAGGAAGCUGUCCAUUGUUGCAUGUUUCUUCUCUAGCAACUGAUGUUGUAUGUUGCAAUUUGCUGAUCUUGGAUAAUAAUGUUGCAAGGUGUUAUUUCGGGUGUGAUGGACCGCUUGGUGUAGACAUUAGACAAUAAUACAUGAGCUGUUUGUCUUGUUAUUAGCAUCAUA